AUGUGCUCCAGUUGUAAGUGCGACUAUCUUCAAAUUGGAACUUCCUACAGCGAUUUACACCAGCAGACUAAAACAUGUGGACGAUAUAGCUACAACUAUUUAGAAGGAUAUAUCUACAACGUCGACUGGAAUGCUGGACUUUACGGCAAUGUUCCUGGAUCGACGCUCUAUCUUCGUUUUGUGUCGGAUGAUACAGCGCAUUACACAGGGUUUAGCUUAACCUUCAUAGCCUUGUCCCAGACUGUGGGUGACAUAAACUAUCUGAAUGCAACCGAAGAUGAAACCAUUGAGUUUGGCACACCAAAAGUUGACAUUGAGAACUACCCUUCAAGUUACGCAGAACAGUGGGUUUUAAUCGUCCCUAAAGGACGGAAGGUUCAGAUAGACUUCGACAUACUUGAACUGGAGGACAGUGAGGAUUGCAAAAAUGAUUACGUCGAACUCCGUGACGCAUCUUUCAUGGUUGGUGAUCCUAAAACAAUAAUUGGCCGUUUUGGCAAAAUCCUGACUAGUCGCCUGUGUGGAAGUACAAAGCCGAACUCUAUAUUGAGCCAAGGGAACAUGGUUUGGGUUCAGUUCAUGAGUGACAGAAACUCUACCACUGUGUACAAGGGAUUCAAAGCUUCCUUUAAAGCAGGACAGGGAAGAGUGUGUGUCAGCCGUCCAAUGAUGCUUCUGUUUCUCUCAGCUCUGAUCAUGCACCUGUCAAAGAACAACUUGUUCUAGUCCCAUCAAGUGUAUCCAGGAGAUGUAUUUGUUCGCUGAAAUUUUGAAUCAUAUGCAUUUAGCUAAUCUCUGAUUAUGGGCUAAAAAGUUUCAAAAAAGACUUUGAGAAGUAUUAUUUCCCUAAGAAAUUUUUUUUACGAAAAUAUUUCUUAGAUCAUUUUUUAUCUCUCAAUUGAUCGAAUUUCUGUGUGUGUUGUGGUUUUGUUUCAUCCACCUGAGGCUAGCAAAGUUUUCAGAUCAGUUUUAGUGCUGAAUAUAUUUCAUUUGAAAAAAGAAAGUAAGAGAUUAUGCCGGUUUGAAAGCUGUUAGACUAGAUAAAGCUCGAACAACAUUUUAUGUAUUUUCAGUUUAAAAUAACUUCAUGUAUGUGCUUUGGAUACAAUGAAUAUAUGAAAGUUGAUAUAUUUUGAA